AUGGCAACGGUCGAAUUCUCCUCCCUCGCGCACUCCUACAACAUCCCCUCCUCCAAAUACAGAUACACAUACAUCUACUCCCCACUGGCCACCAGCACCGCUAAUCCCACCAUCCUUUUCCUUCACGGCUUCCCUUCCUCCAGCUACGACCGGCGCCACCAAAUCGUCUACUUCAUCGCACAGGGUGAUGGAGUCUUUGUCCCCGAUCUUCUAGGAUAUGGCCAACCUGGGACCGCACCCAUUGAUGGCGAUGACAGCGUCAAACUAACGCAGCCAACAGAACUAGCAAACUACAAGGCAUCCACUAUGGUCGCAGAUCUCAUCUUAUUGCUGGAUCAUGAGGAGCUAUCAGGGCAUGUGCAUGCCAUGGGGCAUGACAUUGGCUGCUAUCUGCUCUCAAAGCUGGCAACGAUUACCCCACGAGACCGGCCAGUGCAUGAUGGUGAAGUUUGUGGGAUUCGAGUGGUUUGGGUAUCUGAAUUUUUUGUGUCUGAGGGUGCUGCCGGGUUUAUCGAGAAGCAUGUGGUUUCAUUCUUUACGCUAUUUUAUCCCUCAGACGCGGAUCUACGGAUUGAACAUCUUGGGCCAACAGGAGCUGUGGAAAAGUGGCUCAGAGAAGAUCGCAAGGGGCUAAUGGCACCCUAUGUUACCGAAAAGAACAUCAAUGUCGACGAGGGGAUAGCGGCCAAGUUAGAUCCAAUACUCAGACAGCCUGUGCUGGUGGUUAGCUCAAAGCCUGGCCCUCUUAGCCCGCCCGGUGCAGUUGAGCAGAUGAAGUCGUUCGCGGCGAAUCUUACAGUAAAGCAGGUCAAUGCUGCGGGACAUCGGGUGCUGUUGGAAGCGCGAGAUGAGAUUAAUGAGGUUUUACUGGAGGUUUUCGAGAGGGUGAGUUAG